AGAGGUAGGAGGGAGAGAGGAAGGAGGAAGGAUUGAUCCGCGUCUGUUAAAGACUUGUUCUGUUUUUUUCUUUAGAGCUUUUAGGUUUGAGCCGAAGCGCGUCUCGAGCGCAGCUCCCAAACUCCUCAAGCAGCUUUGUCCAGACGGAAGCUAACCUUGCAAUUUAAUUUUUUUUGCAAAGUGAAGAUCUACUUUACAGCAGCAAUCUGAUCCAACCGGCUCCAUUGUGGGCUAUUCUGCGUGCUUUCAUUUGGACUGAGUGUUGCUCGAGCAGCCCGCUGUUGAACACAAGGAGCGACUGACUGCAGGUCCCGGGCCGAUCUGUCACUGUGAUUAGGUAAACACGCCGGAUGGGAAGGCUCCAACUUUUGAUUGUGUGGAAGUAUAGCCUCCUUUAGUCCCGUGCACCGCGUCGCCCCUCCCGUCCCACCCACCCUCCCAGAACUGAGGAGCUGGGGAGUUUUCUCGGGUGAUUCUUCAACUUUAAAAAAGCUAGAAAACAAAUAAAAAUCUCGGAUUGCAAUUUUCUCUCCUCCCCCCACCACCUAGGAAGGUUUUGGGAGGUGAUGUCAUCGCGCGGUGGUUCGCCUGGUAUUGUGACCCGGGGGCGCGCGGAGCCCCGCUGCAGCCGGCCGACCCGCGGUUAGGAGGAGUGCGGGAAAUCAGGUGCAAAGAGAGACUGUCAUCUUGUUUUUUUCCCUCGUGCGCUCUGUCGCGGGUGGCUGCCUCCUGCUACACAGCCCACAGCUGUUCCUCUCCUGCUACCCCUCCCUCGUUACUCCCUCCCUCCCUCCCUCUCUCCAUCUCCCCCUAAACCACACCGACUCCUCAGCGGUUCUCAUUUAAGUCUCUCUUCUUCUUUUUCUUCUACCCAUCUAAGCUGGACCUGGCGCUCACACCGCCAUCAUCACUAUCACCACCCUCUCUGUCGGACAUUUAUCGGUCUCUUCCUACCCACCAACACCUCCUCCACCGAUCACCGACCACCGCCAGCUGAAGGGGUCGUAGCCAUGACCGAGGCUAAUACCCUGCAGCACGCGGCGCGCGCCGACCCCCCGUCUCCAGGUCACCGAUCCUUCCGGCUGCCAGUGCAACAGCAGAUCGCGACCCCGCCUCGCGGUGGGCACUAGAACCCCGCUGUGCGACCCUCUCCACACCAGAUCGGACUAUUAACACACGCCAACGCACCCUCUUGUUGCGCUGCAAGUAACAUCUCACUCACGGAGACGAUCCGGCUACGUUUUGUUUUAUUGCAACGGAACACAUCCUGACUUGGAAUAUUCUAAACUUUACACCAGGGGACCGAACUGAGAGAACGCAAGAGAGGUGGGGGCCAACAAGUAAAGUUGUCGGUCUGUCAGUGUCGCUCGUGGUCGCGCUUUCACCUGUUCAUCGUUUCGCCGGCGGCGCGCAUGCAGCAGCCGAACCGAUGCCCUAACCUUUUCCCCCUGGGCCCCGCCCCUUCUUUUUUCUCGCGGGCCGGACAGCUGUGAGAGGUUGCCCUGCGGUCACAGUGACAUUCACCCCGCCUGACACCUCGCCCCUCGCCGUCCGCCGUUCGACCGCUCCGCCUGGGGACGCCGAGGCACCGCCGAUGCCAACAGCGGUAGCCGUUGACUCAUUGACUCUGCACACCGUCCAGCGGAUUCACUACACGCACGGGAACCCUCCGGUGCGCCGGGCUGGCUCGGACGGAGCGCCGCGGAGACUGACUCCGGGCCGAGGUCCUUAGUGGAUGGGGGAAGCGAUGUGGUCCCUGCUCCCCAUGCUGGCUGUCUUAUGUAUCCAGAUGUUGCUGGUGAUGUGCAAUCCAUUACAGGUGCUGGCCGUGGAUGGGGUGAACUUCAGCGUGCACGUGGAGAACCAGACGCAGGUGCGAGACACCAUGAGCCGGCGCCACCACCGCGUGUACCAGCUGUACAGCCGCACCAGCGGCAAGCACGUCCAGGUGCUGGGGCGCCGCAUCAGCGCCCGCGGCGAGGACGGAGACAAAUAUGCCCAGCUCGUAGUGGAAGCAGACACCUUUGGCAGCCAGGUGAGAAUCCGGGGCAAGGAGACCAACUUCUACCUGUGCAUGAAUCGCCGGGGCAAGCUGGUGGGAAAGCAGGCCAGCAACCGCAGCGCCGACUGCGUGUUCGUGGAGAAGGUGCUGGAGAACCACUACACGGCGCUGAUGUCGGCGCGCUACAGCGACUGGUACGUGGGCUUCACCAAGCGCGGCCGGCCCCGCCGCGGGCCAAACACGCUGCCCAACCAGCAGGACGUCCACUUCAUGAAGCGCUUCCCGCCCGGCGAGCAGCCCGACCUGACCACGCCCUUCCGUUUCACCACCAUCAGCAAGCGGAGCAAGAGGGUGCGGGCCGCCGCCGCCGCCGCCGCCGCCGCCACCGCCACGGGGGGCCCACGCUAGCUAGCGGCUGCUAACGCUAACACACGCUAACACCUCCCGUUUGUAAACCCAGAGCCCCUGACCUGAAGCCUGAUUGGUUGCGCCCUGCUGAACAUCUCCCUUCCUUUGGGAUCGCUCGUGUUUGCCACUCCCCCCCCCUCCCCCACCCCUAAUCUCCCCUCCCACAUCUUGCAGGAUCGUGUCACAUGACUUAAGGGACGUACGUUUUUCUUUGUCGUCCCUGUAUAUGGUAAUAACUCUUCAAGAUGCCGAUUUCUGUGAGAAGGACCUCGAUCGCUACUAUGGGGGGCCGGUUCCAUCGCUAGUAUAACGAACAGGGGCCUGGUUUGACUCCCUCGAGGGCCCCGUCAGACUCCUUGGCUGGGGACUCUAUCGGCCCCUAUGUGGGCGAACACAGACGUAUGGCUCACGUCCCGGACCAGAGACCUGAACACUAGUCCAGGGUGGAUCAGCCAGGCUGGAGCGUGGGGAGAAUGGGGUUAAAAAGUAGGGAGUGGGUGCCUCGUCUCUGAACAAAGGGAACUCUGAAUGUCGAAAGGAAAACAAAGCGAAGAGACAGGAAAGGGGUGGAGGGAUGGACGGCGGGGUAGAAUGUGCGGGACGGAUCAAAUGGAACACUCCUGGAAUGCUGACAUGUGACAUACUUUCCCCUCUGUCUCAUUGGCCGACUGGCCCGACUCUGAGAGACUCGUGAGGAGGGCGAAAGGACAGACAUUAUGACAUUAUGAUGGACGGCCGGUGAAUGAGGACGAACACGCGGUCGAGUGUAUAGUUUACUGAAUAAAUGAUGCUAUGUAAUAGAGGGUGGAUGUGUGUGUGUGUGUGUGUGUGUGUGUGUGUGUGUGUGUGUGUGUGUGUGUGUGUGUGUGUGUGUGUGUGUGUGCGUGUGUGUGUGUGUGUGUGUGUGUGUGUGUGUGUGUGUGUCUAUGUAUAUGUGUGUUUGCACACGUGUGUCUGUGUUGAAAGGCACCAGAGAAAAAUAAACCAAUAGUGAAGCUGGAUGAUGAGGGACCAAAGGACUACACAGAUCCUGUUUAUAAAAACUACCACCCUUGACAACUCACCAAAGGAACUGAAGCUCUACAGAACUGGAAUGUAUAAAAACCAAGCUGCACCAAAAGAUAAGAACCAAAAAAUAACACCCAAUCACAGCGGACCAAAAGCUAAAGGCAUACCAAAGACGACAGGAGACCUUGCAAAAUGACUUUCCUCUUCACACCCUGGCGCCCCCCUCGGGCAAUACGCCUCUGACGUCACGGCUCAGGGGGGGGGGGGGCGGGCAG